AUGGCACAAAUGGAAAACCAGCGUAUCAAGAGCAGAAAACAACCACCGAUUGAGUCUGGAACCAGGAAUGACAACACACAGAAGCAGCCAAGGUAUUCUGUGGUCAGCAGAGAGCUGCAAAAGGAACGCGAGCAGCGAAUAAAGCGGUUGAAAGAACAACAAUACGAACAGCGGCAGAAAAAAAUGGAGCAUCUGAAACUGCAAGCGAUGGCGGAGCAAAAGUUCCGCGAACAGAACGAGGAACAGCGUCUACAACGGAUGGACGACUUGCGGAAGCGAGAAAAUGAGCGACGCCUACAGGUUGAAGAGCGCCGCCGAGCCAUCGUUGCGGCGGAUAAGGAACGACGGGAGUAUAUUCUUCGCAAAACCCGGGAGCACGAUCAGCGAAUGGAAAUCAAACGGCGCAACGAGCGUGACUCGGUAAAGGUACAGUGUCCCUUUGGGUCGUCGACUCCGCGGAUGAUCGAUCGAUCCUACGUGGACGAUCGAUCCAACAAGCUCAGUUCAUCUUUCUGCGUGCCUAAGAGGCCAUCAUUCAUCACGAACGCAGCAGCGACCGCCCAAAUCAACAACAGCUCUAGAUCGUCGCUCUGCACGCUAGGUCCAUCCAAAGCGGCAGGUCCUCAGCCUGGACAGAUGCCAAAGAUCAGUUUGAAUACGCCGCGUCCCCUGUCCUGGUCCAUGCCAGUGCAACGUAAACCACAACGGACAAGCAUCACCGUUCCGGUGAUUUCGGGAUCCGGUUUGAAACAAAACACACCUGCACCUCUAAAAAGAUGUUCCGGAACCUGGGCAAUCGGUGCAACUCCCAGCGGAAGCAAGCCUAUAUUCUCAAGCAGUAGUCCCAUCAAUUCUUCUGGCACCGAAUCAUCGACCAGAAGGUCUCUUUUGUUUCGACAGACGGUCGAAAAGUGUACAGCAUCCAUGAUACCAAGACCAAAAAAUACGGCCUGUCGAUGGCAGAAUGUGCCACAGAAGUCAGCCGAACGAACUGCCAUCACGCUAUCUUCGGUAGAUGAUGAACACGCCACCAUUUGGCAGCAUCCGCAGGAGUUGUCGACAGCUCAAUUGACAAACGAGGAAAACCACCGGGAGCUUCUCGCUUCGACGGCUGCAAUGUCUGUUGCAUUACCGGUUCAGCCCGAAACGGUCUCACAGAAGACGUUGGCAGAGGUUCAACUUCCGACCGCAGACUCCAGCGAACGGUCUGAGAUGGACGAGACGCUAGUAAAACAACAACUGCAGAAACCAGAGGACCGUGACUCUGCCACCAGUGAAGAAAAAGCCCAACCAUCGUUGGCUGAGAGAUACCAACCAGAGCGCCGAUGGAUCAAGGUAGAGGAGCAUGGUGGACGGCAACGCAUUGAGUGUCCUAAGAAGGAAGUCCGCAACAAGGCUGAGCGUGAGGAAGCUAAACGCAAGGCACGCGAACAAGCAGAACAUCAACGACUUGAGCUGAUCAAGCGACUCAGAAUAGAGGAGAAGGAACGCGAGGAACGCCGGAAGCGCGUGGAAACAAUCAUGUCUCGCACCAGGACUACAGAAUCGACCGACAGCACCCGAAUGAAAAACAAGGAAAACGGGACGGACAACACCAUGUACAAAAGUAAAAUUGAUCGCUCGUCCUUCCCAUUCCUAGUUGACCAUUUUGAUGACACACUUCAUCGGCCGAUAUCACCGGCGAGUUUAAACGGUUUGUAA